AUGAGGAUCUUCAGCGUAUGCCUGUUGCUGCUGUUUUUGUGCUCUGCACGCUCAGGAGCAAUCAGUGUGGAGUCAAACCACAUUGUGAAUGACUACUUAAUUGUAACUGAACUGGAGGAAACUGUGAGUCUAAAAUGCAGAACGGAUGAGGGCACAGGAGAACAGGAGUUGCAAUGGCUUCGUAAUGGACUCAAGGUGCAGCUUACAGAGGAAAAUAAGAUGAGUGAGAGCAGCCUGUGUAUACAUCCUGUCUCCAGAGAGGACGAUGGCGUCAUCUUUACCUGCCAGCUGAGAAAGGAUGCCAGCAUGAAUGUUACUAUUGAACUGGAGGUCAAGUAUGCUCCAGACCUCAGUGGCACUGAGGAAAUCGAAGUGGAGGAACAGUCUGAUGUUACUUUGUCCUGCAAUGUCAAAGCCAAUCCAGCUGUGACUGUGAGAUGGGAGAGGGAUGGUGAGAUUCUUGACAUGUCCACUGGCGGCUACACUGCCAGCAACAAUGGCGUGACAGCUGAGCUCUCCAUUAAAAAUGUAAAACAACCCAUCCAUCCAGGAAAUUACAUGUGUGUGGCCACAUAUAUGGCUAAGGAAUUGAGCAAGACUUUCAAACUCGCUGUGACAGAGAAAACAAUGAAAUUCCCUUUGGGACCCACCAUUGCUGGCGUGGUGGUGGUUUUCUUCACCAUUUUGCUUGCCAUACUUUCUCGGUGGCAGAAAAUUGCAAAGUGCUGCAAAAAGUGA